CCAAAGCUUUUAACUAUCCUCUCUCUCUCUCUCUCUCAAGCCGCCUAGCCUCAAGCUGGUUCAUACAAGACUAAACUUUAAUUUCUUGCAUUCUUGAGGGUGCAUCUGGGUUUCCAUUUCUUGUUGAAAAAACGGAUCUUUCUUUGUGGGUUUUAUCUAUUCUAUCAUCUAAUUCUGCUAGAUUAAGAGUGUGUGGGAAAUUUUCAAUCUUUCUGUUUUUUGUUUGUCUUUUAACUUCUCUGGGAGUUCCUUCGUUCCAUUAAUAGGCAUCAAGAAAAGAAUAAGCAAAAUGCUACCGUUGGGUUUUCCGAAUAUGGCUCAAUACAUUUGCUAAUUGGCUGCUUUGAGCGUUGCCGCAAAAGGGUCUUGCUGUUUCUCAAAGUGGGGUUCAAUUUUCUUUGUUUGUGGAAGUUUGGGGUUUGACAGUGGGGGGUAAAAAACCAGUGAUUUUUUUUAAAUGUUAUGUUAGCAUUUUGCGGUGGAAUGGGUGGGUGAUGUAUGUUUCUCCCUUGGUCACGCGUUUGAUAACAGCUGCUUUAUUGAAAGGUUUUAUCUUGCGCAAGAAAACAGUCAUUUUUUGUCUGCAUAUGGAGGGAGUGAGACAAUUUGGUUGCAUAGCUUUAGUUUUGCAGUUUUGGAUGUACCCACAAUUGUAAGGUUAGGCGUGAAGUGUGUUUCUCAGCCUUCUCAUCACCUCUCAUAAAAAAGAAAGAAAGAAAAGGAACCCCAAAAAGAAUCUUCCGGUUCAAUCGAGAUCUCCCCUUUAAUCUGUCUGAGACUACAAGAAAGGAGAAAAGACAGAACCCAGAAAAAGAUAAGUUCUUGAGAGUUCAGAGAAUCUUGUUUUUUUCUUUCUUGUGAACAUAUAAAGCCAGUUGCAGAGAAAAUAUCUGGGGUUUAGCUUUGAAGAAGUCUUGAAAAAACCCAAUGGCUUUGGUUGCGGCGCAGCAGCAUCAGAGGGAGAGUAGCAGUGGGAGCAUUGACAAACACUUAGAUUCCGGCAAGUAUAUCCGGUACACGCCGGAGCAGGUGGAGGCUUUGGAAAGAGUGUACGCCGAGUGCCCGAAACCAAGCUCUCUCCGCCGGCAACAGUUGAUCCGGGAAUGUCCCAUUCUAGCUAACAUUGAACCUAGACAGAUCAAAGUCUGGUUUCAGAACCGAAGAUGUAGGGAAAAGCAAAGAAAAGAGGCUUCUGGUCUUCAGGCUGUGAACAGAAAAUUAAGUGCAAUGAACAAAUUAUUGAUGGAGGAAAACGACCGCCUGCAGAAACAAGUUUCUCAGCUUGUGUGUGAAAAUGGCUUCAUGCGCCAACAACUGCAUACUGUACCAACACCCACAGAUGCAAGUAGUGAUUCAGCAGUAUCAACCUCCCAACAUUCUAGAAGAGAUGCAACGAAUCCUGCAGGACUACUCUCAAUUGCAGAAGAAACAUUGGCAGAGUUCCUUUCAAAGGCUACAGGAACGGCUGUGGAUUGGGUUCAGAUGCCCGGGAUGAAGCCUGGUCCGGAUUCGGUUGGGAUCUUUGCCAUCUCACAUAGGUGCAGUGGAGUCGCAGCACGAGCAUGUGGUCUUGUUAGUUUAGAGCCUACCAAGAUUGCUGAGAUCCUCAAGGAUCGUUCUUGUUGGUUCCGUGAUUGUCGAAAUGUUGAAGUCUUCACCAUGUUUCCUGCUGGAACUGGAGGGACUAUCGAACUUCUCUAUUCUCAGAUAUAUGCUCCAACAACAUUGGCUGCUGCCCGUGACUUUUGGACACUAAGAUACACAACCACCCUGGAGAAUGGCAGCUUUGUGAUUUGUGAAAGAUCACUUACGGGUACAGGGGCAGGCCCGCAUCCAGCAUCAGCAUCUCAGUUUGUUAGAGCUGAAAUUCUUCCUUCCGGAUAUCUCAUUCGUCCAUGUGAGGGUGGAGGAUCAAUUAUACAUAUUGUUGACCACCUUAAUCUUCAGGCCUGGAGUGUGCCCGAGGUGUUGCGCCCACUUUAUGAAUCCUCAAAAGUCAUUGCCCAGAAGAUGACAGUUGCAGCACUGCGAUAUAUCAGACAAAUCGCGCAAGAAACUAGUGGUGAGGUUGUUUAUGGUCUGGGAAGACAGCCAGCUGUUCUAAGAACAUUUAGCCAGAGAUUAAGCAGAGGGUUCAAUGAUGCAGUUAAUGGAUUCAAUGAUGAUGGUUGGUCUAUACUGAGCUGUGAUGGUGCUGAAGAUGUUACUAUUGCCAUAAACUCAACCAAAAAUUUUGGCCCCACUUCUGGCACACAUCAAAUGCUUGGAGGUGUUUUAUGUGCAAAGGCAUCUAUGCUACUACAGAAUGUCCCGCCAGCUGUACUAGUCCGUUUCUUGAGGGAACAUCGUUCCGAGUGGGCUGAUUUUAAUGUGGAUGCCUAUUUUGCUGCUGCUUUGAAAUCAAACUCUUAUUCUUACCCCGGAAUCAGGCCUACAAGGUUCACUGGGAGCCAGAUCAUCAUGCCACUUGGGCAAACUAUAGAACACGAAGAGAUGCUUGAAGUCAUCCGGCUUGAAGGGCAUGCUCUUGACAAUGAGGAUAUUUUUAUGUCAAGAGACAUAACAAGGGACAUUCAUCUCUUACAGAUGUGCACGGGAAUCGAUGAGAAUGCAGUGGGAGGGUGCGCAGAACUUGUUUUUGCUCCAAUCGAUGAGACUUUCCCUGAUGAUGCUCUAUUGAUACCAUCCGGCUUUCGCAUCAUUUCCUUAGAAUCAAAAUCAAAUGACGUGCAGGACACACUCACAGUUCAAAGAACACUUGAUUUAACAUCAAGUCUUGAAGUCGGGCUGGCGGGAAAUCAGUGCGGGACCCAGUCCAGUUAUGCGCGGUCGGUCUUGACCAUUGCGUUCCAGUUCCCGUUUGAGAUCAACCUGCAGAGUAACAUUGCUAUAACGGCAAGGCAGUAUGUGCGCAGUGUGAUUUCGUCUGUUCAGAGGGUUGCAAUGGCAAUAUCCCCAACCCCAACUGGUCCUAUUGGUGGCCCCAAGUUAUCCCUCACGUCUCCGGAAGCUGUACCACUGGCUCAGUGGAUCUGCCAGAGCUAUAGUUACCAUAUGGGAACAGAACUGUGUGGUGCUAGCUCUGCUGGUGGGGAAUUGGUGUUGAAAAAUCUCUGGAACCAUCAUGAUGCCAUUUUAUGCUGCUCUAUAAAGUCACAUCCUGUCUUCAUCUUUGCUAACAAGGCUGGACUUGACAUGUUGGAGACGACUUUGGUUGGUUUACAAGAUAUUGCGCUGGAUAAAAUGUUUGACGAACGCGGGCGAAAGACACUGUUCUCCGAACUUUCAAAAAUCAUGCAGCAGGGGUAUGCGUACUUGCCGGGUGGAAUUUGUACGUCAGCAAUGGGACGCCAUGUGUCAUACGAGCAGGCCAUCGCAUGGAAAGUCCUUUUGGCGGACGAGAACACUGUACACUGUUUGGCGUUCUCGUUUAUGAACUGGUCGUUUGUUUAACUUGUCUCUGCUUCUUAAACCCUGUCUGGGGCACCGGUUCGUUGGAACAGGAAUAGCGGCUUUGAAUCAGAGAGGGAAUUUUUGUAAUGUGUUAACAAAAUGAUAAGUUAUCCCAGACUUGGUUAGGCUUUGCGGUGUAUUUAUGGAUUCUGGUCGAGGUUUUGUUAUUCCCAUUGUAAAUCAUGCAAGUGUGGCUAUGGCAAUUGGUUUAGGUUUAGAGUUCAUUCCUUUGUUGGGGCCUCAAACUCUAAAAGGGGACCUUUUUUAUUGGUUAGAUUUUUGGUGAUUUUAGGGGUUUUUGAUAGGUUGUGGCUCAAAGCUAGAGGCUUUGGCAAUGGAAUUGGGAAAGAUACUGGUUUA